AUGAAAGGCUUCUUCGGCCUUGCCCUGCUCCCGCUGCUGGCGGCUGCGUCUCCCGUGGACGUAGAAUCUAUCCACAAGGGAGCUGCCCCGAUCCUAUCGGCGAUGAACUCUGAAGAAAUCCCCGACUCCUAUAUUGUCGUUUUUAAGACCCAUGUCGAUAAGUCGUCGGCUGCCGCUCAUCACACCUGGGUGCAGGACAUCCAUAGCUCUUCAAGCGGCCGCAUGGAGCUGAAGCGCCGUGGGCUCUUCGGCUUUGACAGCGAGGCCUUCCUGGGCAUGAAGCACACCUUCCACGUGGCCGACACCUUGAUGGGAUAUGCCGGCCACUUCCACGAGGAUGUCAUCGAGCAAGUCCGCCGUCAUCCGGAUGUCGCCUACAUUGAGAGAGACUCCGAGGUUCGCGCAAUUGAGAACCCAGCCGUUGAGAAGAGCGCCCCUUGGGGUCUUGCCCGUAUCUCCCACCGGGACAGUCUCACAUUCGGGACCUUCAACAAGUAUCUGUACGCCGAGGAAGGCGGUGAGGGUGUUGAUGCCUACGUGAUUGACACCGGCACCAAUACUGAGCACGUUGACUUUGAGGGUCGUGCCCAGUGGGGCAAGACCAUCCCGGCUGGCGACGACGAUGUGGACGGCAACGGCCACGGCACUCACUGCUCUGGUACCGUUGCCGGUAAAAAGUAUGGUGUUGCCAAGAAGGCCAAUGUCUAUGCCGUCAAGGUCCUGCGAUCCAACGGCUCGGGCUCCAUGUCUGAUGUCGUCAAGGGCGUUGAGUGGGCAGCCGAGGCUCACGUCAAGAAGGCUAAGGCCGCCAAGGACGGCAAGGCCAAGGGCUUCAAGGGUAGUGUUGCCAACAUGAGUCUGGGCGGUGGUAGCUCCAAGACACUCGACCUGGCUGUGAAUGCGGCCGUCGAGGCCGGCAUCCAUUUUGCCGUCGCUGCUGGAAACGACAACGCCGAUGCCUGUAACUACUCUCCUGCUGCUGCGGAGAACGCUGUAACCGUUGGCGCCUCCACGCUGGCGGACGAGCGGGCAUACUUCUCCAACUACGGCAAGUGCACUGACAUCUUCGCUCCUGGUCUGAACAUUCACUCCACCUGGAUCGGCAGCAAGUACGCCACCAACACCAUCUCCGGAACCUCCAUGGCUUCCCCGCACAUUGCUGGUCUGUUGGCCUACUACGUGUCGCUUCAGCCCUCCAAGGACUCGGCCUACGCUGUUGCCGAGAUCACCCCCAAGAAGCUCAAGGAUGCUCUCAUCACCGUCGCCACCCAGGGCGUUCUUACUGACAUUCCUUCCGACACCCCCAACCUCCUGGCCUGGAACGGCGGUGGCUCCUCGAACUACUCCCAGAUCGUUGCCAACGGCGGCUACAAGGCUGGCACCCAGGCUGGUACCGUUGAGGACCGCAUCGGUGAGAUCGUCGAUAAGGCCGAGGAGGUUCUGCACAAAGAGCUCGGCGCGAUCUACAGCGAGAUAAAGGAUGCUGUCGCAUAG